UACAUAUACAUGAGGCUUUUGAGGGUGUUGGGCAAAAGAGUAAGAAUGGAUUACCAUAAUCAUAAUCAUAUCCAUAUGCAUAUUUCUAUGCUCCUUAUGUCCUUACUCACCGUGUGUUGCUUAUUGUUAACCACUUUGCCACACUCUCAGUGUCAACCAACCGCUUUUGAUUAUUCAAUUUGUAAGAAGCAAUCAUACAACUGCGGAAAUCUGUCCAACAUAUCCUAUCCUUUCUGGGGACAGAACCGAUCUCCUCAAUGUGGCAGUGGCGACCCUUUUGAACUCAGCUGCAAUGGUGAUGAUAAUACCACUUCAAUUCGAAUUGGCUCACUAAAUUACACAGUGAAGGAGAUCAACAUCACAGCUCAAACCAUGAGACUGGUGCCAACAAACAUAGUUGUCAAUGUUUGUUUUCCACAGUAUGAGGAGACCUAUGAGAGCCGCAUUCUGUUCCGUUAUUCCCCUUCAGUGUACAACGUUACCAUAUUCUACAACUGUUCCCGCAUCCAAUAUUUUCCUUAUGGAUACUUCAGGUGUGGGAAUGCAAUCUCUUAUUUUGCGCGCGCAUAUGAUCGGCUGUUCACCGAUUAUCCACAGCUUCAGAAGUGCAAGAGAAGUUUAAAUGUGUCGGCUGUUGCUCAAUUGGAUUUUAAGGGUGGUGGAGAUUUUGCUUUGAAAAAGAGUCUCAAUGAAGGGUUUGAGGUCAACUAUAAUGUUUCUCAACAUUGUCAAAGAUGCCUGGGAAGUGAAGGACAUUGCUGGAGAUAUGGUAUUGAAAAACAUGUACUUUCAUGCUACUAUUGCCCAAAUGGAACUCAUGCCCUACACUGUUCUCCUCGUCCUCCCAAAACCAUGGCCAGCACUAACAGCAAUAAAUGGAAAAAAAGUCGGAGGAGACUCGUUAUAGGCGUUACAGGUGGAGCAAUUGCAGGAUUUUUGAUAUGUAUUACGAUUCUCUGUUUGUACAAGUUACCAACCUGGAAAGGACAUUUUGGGUUGAACACAAAUAGUAACAAAAAUAUUGAAGCUUUGCUGAAAGUUCAUGGUGCUAUAACUCUAAAAAGAUAUAAAUUGUCAAAUGUCAAGAAAAUGACAAAUAACUUCAAAGUAAAACUGGGGCAAGGUGGUUUUGGCUCUGUCUAUAAAGGAAAGCUACCCAAUGGCGCUCCUGUGGCUGUAAAAAUAUUGAAUGCAUCAAAAAAAGAUGGUGAAGAAUUUAUGAACGAGGUUGCUAGCAUUAGUAGAACUUCUCAUAUUAAUGUUGUCACUCUUCUUGGGUUCAGUUUGGAAGGCCGCAAGAGAGUUCUCAUCUAUGAAUUUAUGCCCAAUGGUUCCCUUGACAAGCUCAUUUAUAGAAAAGGACCUGAAACCAUUGCACCCUUGAGUUGGGACAUUAUAUAUGAAAUUGCAAUUGGUAUAGCUAGAGGCUUAGAAUACUUGCAUAUAGGAUGCAACACUCGAAUUUUGCAUUUUGACAUAAAACCACAUAACAUUCUUUUGGAUGAGAAGUUCUGCCCCAAGAUAUCAGAUUUUGGGCUAGCCAAGCUCUGUCCUAGAAAUGAAAGCAUUAUUUCUUUGUCAGAUGCUAGAGGAACAAUGGGGUAUGUUGCUCCAGAAGUGUUGAAUAGACAUUUUGCAGGAGUUUCACUUAAGUCUGAUGUUUAUAGCUACGGAAUGAUGCUUCUAGAAAUGGUAGGAGGGAGGAAGAACACUAAUGCUGAAGCCAGUAACAUGAGUGAGAUAUACUUCCCGCAUUGGAUAUUUAAGAGGCUUAAGUUGGGUAGUGAUUUGAGACUAGAAGAAGAGAUUGCGCCAGAAGAAAAUGAGAUAGCAAAGAGAUUGGCCAUAGUAGGUCUAUGGUGCAUCCAAACCUUUCCAAAUGAUAGACCUACAAUGAGUAGAGUGAUAGAUAUGUUGGAAGUCAACAUCAAUUCCCUUGAAAUCCCACCAAAACCUUUGCUUUCUUCUCCUACCACAUCCCUACCAGAAUCUUCUAUUUCUUGAAUUUAAUUCCACUUCAUUUUUUUUUGUAAAUCUUCCACGUUAUACUGUAAAAUGGAUGGAUCAAAGUCAUAAUUGUUUGCACUUUCCAA